UCCCUCCUUCCCCUCACCCCUCAAUAAUGACAUGACAUGUUUUUCUUCUUCAUAAAAGUGUGAACCUCUCCACUUCUUUCAACAUUUUCUCUUCUCUUUUCAACUAACCUCUCUCGUAUAAGUCGAUCUGGAAUAGUUUCAUUCUUGUUUCAUCGGCAGCACCAAAAUCCAGGUUCAGCCUCCGUGGAAAAAUGGAUAUUUGGAAUAAAGUGGAUAUAACUACAAUGGAUAGGAGACAGAUCACUUUGCUAGGGACUGGGUCAUGUGUAGUGCUUACUGUUCUCUUUACAGUAAAGCUCCUAAUGCAGCAUCUUUCGCAGUGGAAAAACCCCAAGGAGCAGACGGCUAUAUUGAUCAUCAUAUUAAUGGCCCCAUUGUAUGCCAUUGUUUCAUUCGUAGGUUUAGUAGAUUUUCUAGGGAGCAAAACAUUUUUCCUGACCUUGGAGUCUAUCAAAGAAUGCUAUGAGGCACUUGUUCUUGCAAAGUUCUUGGCUCUGAUGUAUAGUUACUUGAACAUAUCUAUUAGUAAAAACAUUGUACCUGAUGAAGUCAAAGGAAGAGAAAUUCACCAUUCAUUCCCGAUGACUCUGUUUACGCCUCACACCGUCCGUCUCGACCAUAAUACUUUGAAACUCCUUAAGUACUGGACAUGGCAAUUUGUCGUCAUCCGUCCUGUUUGCUCCAUUUUGAUGAUAGCCCUACAACUUCUCCAUAUAUAUCCUAGUUGGCUCAGCUGGACUUUCACCAUGAUUCUGAAUGUUUCUGUUUCCCUCGCUCUUUAUUCCCUUGUGGCGUUUUUCCAUGUCUUCACCAAAGAGUUGGCACCUCACAAGCCUCUUUCUAAGUUCUUGUGCAUCAAAGGGGUUGUUUUCUUCUGCUUCUGGCAGGGGAUUGUGUUGAGUAUGAUGGUUUCAAUGGGAAUAAUCAAAUCUCAUCACAUAUGGUUAGAUGUGGAGCACAUUCAAGAAGCCUAUCAAAACAUUUUAGUUUGUGUGGAGAUGGUCUUAUUUUCGUUUAUUCAGCAGUAUGCAUAUCCUGUUGCACCUUACAUCGCCACCAAGGAAAAGAAGAACAAAUAAUUGUUAGGAUCUUUGGAUAGAUAUCGACACAAUAUCAAUAAAUGUUCUAUAUUUUCCAUAUACUAGACAUAUUGUUCUCUAGUUUUGCUUAUUCUAUGAGAACUUCUUGCUAUAGAAUGGUUUAGUGUUAUUACGGCUAUUUCUAUUGCCAUUGCUAAUUGUAUAAGACUUAUUCAUACUGCAAUUGAAGUUGCUCGAUUUUCACUUGAGAACUUGAAGGUUUCUUUUAUGAGAAAAACAAGAAGUUUGCAGUC